GAGCAACCAACCAAAAAUUAUCUUGCAAUUAACAUAAAUAAAUCCAAGUCUUUUUGAAAUUCAAACAGAAAAAUAACCGUUGAGAAGGGGAGACUAAUAAGGAAAGAGAUGGUGCGAGACGAAAACAAAUGGGAGGCUUUACUGUCAUGGGCAGAUGAGGUAGAGAAGGAAGAAGAAGUUGCUGCUGCAGCGGCAGUGGGAACGGCAACAUCACAACAAAAGCAGAAAUCAGAUCCGUUCGCCUUUGCAAGGCCUAGAGAAGGAAAAACAAAAGGAUUUGCAUUUCAUGGAUCAAAUGGGUUUCACAGGCAUGAAUCUAAGAAUGAGAGGCUGAAUAAACGAAGCAAAUCUCCACUGGGAGCAAUGAGGUUGACUGAGACACGACAAAAUACUCCCAAGGGGCUGAAGGAGAAACUACGAGAAGAUAUAGAACAUGGGUUCAGAAGAGUUCCAGUGUCACCGGUAGUUCUGGUUCCUCCUGUGAGAUAUCCACCAAAAUUUGUAGGUGGCCGUCUGUAUGAUAAUUGGGCAUCUAUGUCGACACUGAGACCCGUGGGGCAACAAUCUAAAAGCCUGAAUGAAUCAGAUUUUGAACACCAAAAUAUUGAAUCCCUUAAUCCGGAAAAAGAAAACAGCUUCCCUGGAUAUCAUCAACUGAAAGGAAGAACAUUUCACAAUGCAGGGAUCAAGUCUGUGGAGCGAAGAAAUGGAAGAAUGAAGUCUGAGUUAUGUCAAGCAAGGGAGGCACAGCAAAAACACAGAUUGAUGCAGAAAUCAGCAUCUCAGGCAAACCAGGUAAAUGUAGAUUCAGUUCUUAUGAGGGAAAAGUUUCGUGGCAGAAAGAUGGUAGAUUUACCGUUGAAGAGUGAGGAUAAGAGGUGGCAAUCAGCUAAGAAGGGGGAGGUGCGGAACAGGCGAGAUGACUAUGCAGAAAAUACCAUGUAAUAGAUCAAGAGAAGAUUAUGAACAAGGAUAAAUCCUAUGCCAUUCU